UUAAGCCCACUACCAUAUUUGACUUCAAAUAAAAAAGAAAAAAUAUGAUAUGUUCUGCUGCUUGAUUUCUCCACCAAUGCAUGCAUUUGUUUUUUCUAUACCAGUUUUUAUUUUAAGCCAAUGAGAUGUGUUUUUAUUAAGAUAUGGUUUACCAUGUGCCGUCACUUCCUAGUAGCCAUUUUGAAAGUGAAGAAAAAACUUUGCUGUGGAGGCGACCCCCAGAAAAACACUUUUUUCACAUCUUUUGAGUUUCUUUUGGGGUCCUUUGCCAGUGGGGUUGGGGCUUCACAAAAUCAGAUCUUUUAGAUCUAGUUGAAGAGUAUGUGAAGACUAAGGAUAUGGAGACCCCAUUCACAAAUGGGAGACCUGGACGGAAGUGGUUUGAGAGGUUUAUGAGAGACCACCCAGAGCUUACAGUGCGAAAGUCUGAGCAGUUUCCAGAAGCAAGAGCCAAGGCAUCUGCUGACUCAUCAGUACAUGCCCACUGGUUCAACCAAGUGCUUGGAAAGGCAAUGGAUGACACAAAGCUGCAUGACAAAACACAAAAUAUAUAUAAUGUGGAUGAAACAGGCUUUAUGACUGACCCCAGCUCUGAGAAGGUCCUAGCCCCUAAGGGCUUGAAAAAUGUCUACCAAAACACAGGAGGGAGUGGUAGAGAGCAAAUCACAGUGUGCAUUACUGGGAAUGCUGCAGGCCAGAGCCUACCCCCCUAUGUAGUGUACAAAGGAAAAAACCUUUAAAGCACCUGGUGUAAGGAUGGUCCUGAAUCGGCCAGGUAUGCGGUGUCUGAUCAUGGGUGGAUGGAGAGAGCACUAUUUGAGGACUACUUCCAAAACCUCUUCUUGAAAGAAUCCUCAAAAUGGUCUGACAUGAGCUCUCCACGGAUCCUCAUUUUUGAUGGCCACGCCUCCCACAUCUCCCUGAGAAUUGCUCAAAUGGCAAAAGAAAACAAUGUGGUGCUCCUGCGACUCCCCUCUCACCUCACCCACAUUCUGCAACCUUUGGACAAGGCAGUGUUUGGGGAGGUGAAGAGGCAGUGGAGAAAGAAACUACGAUGUCACUCACGAGUCUCCAGGGACAAAAUCAGGAAAGAAGAUUUUCCUUCGAAGUUGAGUGAUGUCUUGGAGACAGCUAUGAAGUCCGAGAACCUGAAGAGUGGCUUUGGGAGCACCGGGAUUUAUCCCUUGAACCCUGAUCGAGUGAGCAGCGAGGUGACAGAGAGUUACACACCAUACACUGAAGUGGCUGCUGGCAAUGCUGAUUCACUGGAGGAUCUUACCAUACAACUGCCCCUUCUCAAAGCCAUGCCAGUGAGGAGCACACCUGACACCUCAGUUGUGUCUUCCCCAGCACAAUCAUGUUCAUUACCCUUGCAGACAUCUGCCAAUGAGGAAUCCAUGUCCCAAAUCAUCCUGAGUGUAGAAACCAUCCCUGGUUCCAACUUUCUAAACAUUACUAACAUUGAAGUGGCAAGUCAUCCACAUGAGCAAAUGUCAGCACCCCAGCCAUCAACUUCAGCACAGUCAAGCUCGUCUGCCAUUGACAAAGACACCAUCAAGGAUUUCUUUCUAAAACGAAUCACACCACGCAAUAAAGAAAACAUCAAGAAGCAGAGAAUCACAACCCUUAAAUAUGGGGAAUCGCUGACAUCUGCUCAAGCCAUGGCCAGGCUUGCUGAGAAUAAAAAGAAGAGAAUGGCAAGAAAUAAGAAAAAAGAGGUCAAGAAAGGAAAGACGACAACACAGAAAAAAGGAGAUGCGCCAAAACCAGUUGAACCAACUGAGGAUGGCAGCAAUGAAGAUGCAAAAUCACAUGGCGAUCCCUCCUUCACCAUCAAAAAAGAUGUAUACUAUGCUGUAAUGUUUACAUCACCUGCAGCUUACUACAUUGGAAGAUCCAUUAAUGAGUCCACACCCCCUGAGGGAGAAAGAUAUGUGAUGAAGUUUCUUAACAGAGGGCCAGACAACACAUAUUUUAUGCCUCCAAGGGACAAAAUUGAAGAUGUGGAGAGAAGAUUCAUACUCUGGUAGGCAGAACUGGAGGGUGCUGGACCAUUCCGCUUGAAGAACCAUCAUGAGAUUGAAAGUCACUACAGAAAUAUGCUUAAAGCAAUGAAAUAGAGCAAGAGUAGAGUAGCCUAGAAUGGCAAGUCAAUGUUAAUAAAAGCUGCCACAAAAGCAGAGAUUCUGUAGUGCAAAUGAUAAAGAAUGACUGUAUUCUAAAUGAUAGAUUAACCUUGUUCUUUUUCACUGGUUUGGAAUACACUAACAUGUUAUAAGAUGUUGCAAACCUGUGUUUUGUAUGAUGACCAUUUUAAAUGGUUUAGGCCGCUUGCAUGAUGUAUUGAAAUUACUUUUAUGAAUUGAUUUUAACAGUUAACACUGUUUUCCUGUGAAGGAAAUGUAUUCAAUAGACUUUUUAAUGUUUUAGACCUAUUAAUUAAUUAAUUAAAAUAGAUUUAUUGACAAAAAUCAUGUAGUGGGCUUAUUUGGAACAUACAUGGGUUUAAAUGGUACAUCAGGUACCCAUUAAGCCCAGUCGGGACUUUUCACAUUUUCACUAAUAUAUCUUUAUUUUUUAUUUUGAAAAUAUAAAAAUGGAGUAAUAUAACUUCACAUGAGAGAUUAAUCUUUCAUUUUCUCAUCACUUCUCUUCCAGAAACCAGUGAAUUAUAUCUUUAAAAUGUCUCAACUUAGAUUUUGGUGGGCUUAAAAGGUACACAUAC